AUGUCAAGGCCUGGCUUGCGUCAAAGGCCCUUGAGGGAUUCAGCAGCAGCGGCAGCAGGAGCAGCAGCACCAGCAGCAGCAGCAGCAGCAGGUGGAGCAGCAGCAGCAACUCCUGGAGCGGCAGGCCAGCAGCAGCAGCAGGAGAAUGCCGUUGCUGAGCUUCCUGCACUGCGACAAACCAAGCAGCGAGCAGCAGCAGCAGCUGCUGCAGCUGCUGCAGCUGCAGCAGCAGCAGCAAAUGCGGAGCCUGCAGCACCUGGUGCUGCUGCCACUUCACAGCGCAGCAGCAGCAGCAGCAGCAACAGCAGCAGUGGGCAGCAGGUUGCUGCUGUUGCUCGGCCUGUUCCAACACCAGCAACAACACGGUCAGCCGCAGCAGCAGCAGCAGCUGCUGCUGCUGCUGCUGCUGCAGCAACUACAGCAGCAAAUCCAAGUGCUGCAGCAGCACCACCACCACCUCGACGGCCAGCAACCACCCGCAGCGCAGCAGCAGCAGCAGCAGCAGCAAAGAGUUCACCAAGUGUGCAGCGAUCAGCAGCAGCAAUAACAGCUGCAGCAGGAGCAGACACAGCACUUGUUGCUGCAUCGAGACGCAGCAGCAGAAGCGGCGCUGCUGCGGCUGCUGCUGCUGCUGCUGCUGCUGCAGCUCCACCUGCUGCUGCUGCUGCUCCUGCAGCUGCAGAUACACAUCAGCAACGUUCCCCACGAAAUGCAGCUGUUGCUGCUGCUGCUGCCAUUGCAGCAGCAGCAGCAACAGGCCCCGCUGCAGCAGCAGCAGCACGUGCGGCUCCUGGUGUAUCUCCGCGAGCAGCAGCAGCAGCAAAUACGCAAGAGAAAUCAAAAACAGCAGCAACAGGCGCAGCAGCAGCAGCCCCAGCUGCGAUAUCGGCACCAACAGCAAAGCCAGCAGCAGCAGCAGCAGCAGCAGCACCUGUUGUAGGCAAAGAUACACCUGCUGCUGCAGCAGCAGCAGCAACAACACCGAAAGAAACAGCGGCAGCAGCGGCAGGAGCAGACAACAAUGUUAGAAGACAUCCGCCAGCUGCUGCAGCGGCAACACCAGCAGCAGCAGCACCAACAGCAGCAACAGCAGCAACAGCAGCAGCAGCAGCAACAGCAGCAGCACCGGUGCAGAAGGUUCGCCCAUCGGGUCCAAGCACAUCUCGAAGAGACUCCAGACACAAGUGGCGUGGUGCUGAUGCUUCAACUGAUGCUGCAGCAAUUGCUGCAAUUUGCUGCGGGGGCCGCUGCUGCUGCUGCGGCGUCGGGUUGUCUUUGAAGGAGUUUAGGAUACAAUGUGCUGUCUGCAGCAGCAGCAGCAGCAAGAGCAGCAGCAGCCGCAGCGUCGGUUCUUAUGGGAGUAGCAGCACCAGCGAUAUCAAGAGUGCUAGCAGCAGCAGCAACAGCAACAACAACAGCAGCAACAACGACAGCAGUAGCAGCCGCAGCAGCAGCAGCAGCCGCAGCAGCAGCAGCAGCAGCAGCAGCAAAGUUAUGAUUUGUUUGAACUGCUUCUGCCGUGGUGCUGAGACGGAGCAGCACAAAAAUUUUCAUUCAUAUUUUGUUGUCGGCCCCAACAACAAAGAGAUAUUCGCUCCCUAUUGGACGGCUGAUGAAGAAUUGACUCUCCUCGAAGCCAUUGCAAAAUGCGGGCUUGGGAACUGGAAUGAUGUUGCUGCAGCAGUAAAUAGAGCAGCAGCAAAGCCAAAAACGAAGCAGCAGUGUGAAACGCAUUAUAUUGAGGUGUAUAUUCAAACAGACGCAAAUCCUUCUCCUCUCUGGGCGCUGCAGCAGCAGCAGCAGCUGCUGCUGCGCAACUUUCUCAAGCAGCACGAACAACGCAUGCAGCAGCAGCAGCAGCAGCAGCAGCAGCAGCAGCAGCAGCAGGGGAGAGUAGAGGGGAAGGGUGAAACCACGCAGAACACUGCAGCAGCAGCAGCAGCAGCAACAGAAGCAGCAGCAGCAGCAACAGAACCAGCAACAGCAGCAGAAACCGCAGCGACACCGGCAGCAGAAGUAGCAGCAGCAACAGCAGCUGGAGCAGCAGCAACAGCAGCUGGAGCAGCAGCAACAGGAACAGCAGCCGCAGUAGCGGGUGCUGCUCUCGAAGGGUCAGCAGAAGAUGCAGCAGCAGCAACAGCAGCAGAAGAAACAACAGCAGCAGCAACAACAACAGAAGCAGCAGCAACAACAGAAGCAGCAGCAACAACAGAAGCAGCAACAACGACAGAAGCAGCAGCACCAACAGAGGCAGCAGCAACAGAAGCUGAGAGCGAAGCAGAGUUGCUGCUGCGCGAGUUGGAUGCAGAAGCAUUUGGUUCAGCAGCAGCAGCAACAGCAGCAGCAGCAGCACAAGCAGCACCAGCAGCAGCACCCGCAGCAACAGCAACACCCGCAGCAGCACCAGCAGCAACAGCACGAUCAGCAGCAGCAGCAGCAGCAGCAGCAGCAGCACCAUCGCUAACUCAGCUGCAGCAAGCAGCAGCAGAACUACACCCUCCUUGGAUUCCUGCUGCUGUCUCCUCUCUGCCGCAUCAUCAGCUAAUUCAGGGAGGAGAGUUUGAAGUUGAGUUUGACGACGGGGCGGAGUCGCUGAUUGCAGACUUAACUUUUAAUUUAAACGACACACCGCAAGAAACAGCACUCAAGGCUUACGAAGAAGAAAAGGCAGAUAGGAAGCGUCGGCUGUCUCCUCAGGUUUUUCUUGCUGCUGUGGCUAAAGAACAGCAGCAGCAGCAGCAGCAACAGCAGCAGCAACAGCAGCAGCAGCAGCGAAAGCUGCCGGAAGCUGCUGCAGCACAGCCACAGGGUUCGACUGGAGCAGCAGCAGAUGCUGCUAGCGCAGCAGCAGAUCCAGCAGCAGCUGUAGCAGAUAGUGCAGCAGAUAAAGCAGCAGCAGCAACAGAAGACACGCGAGAAGAACCAGCAGCGGCUGCAGAAACAGCAGCAGCAACAUCUACAGAGACGCCAGAUACGUCGCACCCCAGCAGCAGCAGCAGCAGCAGCAGCAGCAACGCAGACGACGAGCAGCGGCAGCAGCAACAGCCAUGCGGUCCCUCUGUGCCGUCUGCUGCAUCCGACACCAGCAGCAAUAACAGCAGCAGCAGCAGCAGCAGCAGCAAUAACAGCAGCAGCAGCAGCAGCAGCAGCAAUGAAGAUUUGCUGCUGGAAGAGUGGGGUAUUGCAGAGGUAUGGAAUUUCGAUGUACAGCUAAACGUACAGCAGCAGCAGGAGCAGCAGCAGCAACAGCAACAACAACAACUGUUGCAGCAGCAGCAGCAGCAGCAACAACAGCUCCAGCAGCUGCAGCAGCAGCAGUUACUGCAGCAGCUGCAUCUGCAGCAGCAGCUGCAUGGAGGACCAGCAGCAGCAGAUGCAGCAGGCUGGCAGUCAACUCGAGGGAGCCCGCUGCUGCUGCAGCAGCAGCAGUUGCAGCAGCAGCUGCAACUGCAGCAACUGCAGCAGCUGCAGCAGCAGCAGCAACCCUUAGCGGAUCCGUCUGUGCUGCCAGCUGCAGCAGCAGCAGCAACAGCAGCAAAAACUCCUACGAAAAGGAAGCUGUCGAGAGGCGGCGGCCCAGCAGCACCAGCAGCAGCAACAUCAUCAGCAGGAACAGCAGCAGCAACAGCAGCAGCAGCAGCAAACAGAGACAUGCACCUCACCUGGCUUGCUGCGCAGCUGCCGAAGGUGAAAGGAAUCGUGUAUGAUUCUGCUGCUGCUGCAUGGACAGUGCGUCUGGAGCAGCAGCAGCAGCAGCAGCAGCAGCAGCAACAGCCGCAGCAGCAGAAAUCACAGCAGCAACAGCAGCAGCAGCAGCAACAGCAGCAGAAGCAAGAAGAAGGAACAGCAGCAACUGCAGCAAGCAGCUGCUCUACUGAACCAGCCGCAGCAGCUGACGCCCCAAGCAGCAGCAGCAGCAGCAGCAGCAGCAGCAGCAGCAGCACUGUACAUUCAUUUAGUGUGGGGGUGUAUGGAUUUGAAGGAGCCUGGAGGAAGGCUUGCGAAUUAAAGAAAGCAGCAGCAGCAGCAGCAGGAGCUGCUGAUGUUGUUGCUGCAAUACAAAUUGCUGCUGAUGCUGCUGCUGCUCUCCGCUUCCACUUUGACUUAGCAGCAGAAGCUGCAUGCAGCAGCAGCUCGCCCCCAUCCCUUGCUGCUGCUGCUGCUGCUGCUGCCAGCAACAGCAGCUACUUGCUUUCUUCAAAACGGCUGCGGCUCGACAACAGCAGCAGCAGCAGCAGCGGAGGGCUGUUCCAGCAGCUGCCAGCAGCAACAGCAGCAGGAGCGACAGACAGCUCUGACGCAGCAGCAGCAGCUGCUGCUGCUGCUGCAGCUGCUGCUGCUCUUAGGAGGCAAUCUACAGCGCUGCUGCAGAAACAACCAUCAUCAUUCAUGCAGCAGCCCGCAGCAGCAGCGGCAGCGGCAGCAGCUGCUGCUGCUGCUGCUUCUGGCGGCGGGGCUUUCUUAGGGCCCUUUCUUCCCUCUCUAGCAGAGCAGCAGCAACGUGCUGCGGCAGCAGCAGCUGCUGCAGCUGCUACUGCUGCAGCGCCCGACCCGCAGCAACGUGCAGCAGCAGCUGCGCAGCAGCAGCAGAGAUUCGCUGCUGCUGCUGCUGCGCCGCAGCAGCAGCUGCCGCUCAAUCUACGUCAGCAGCUACAGCAGCAGCAACUCCUGUUGCUGCAGCAGCAAUUGCAGCAGCAGCAGCAGAUGCUGCUGCAGAAGCAGCAGCUUCAAAUGAGGCUCCAACAAGACAUAGCAGCAGCAGGCAGUGAAGCCGCAGCGCAGCAAGAACAGCAGCAGCAGCAGCAGCUCCACUUGCUGCAGCAGCAACAGCUACGGCAGCAGCCGUGGCUCAUGCUGCAGCCUAAUGCUUUCGCUGGGGGUGCGCAGCAGCAGCUGAUGCUGCAUCCGCUGCUGCAGUUGCAGCAGCAACAGCUGCUGCAGCAACAGCACACGGCGCAGCAGCGGCAGCAGCAAACAUUGCAACAGCAGCCGCAGCAGCAGCAAGAUGCUUCUCAGACACAGAUGCUGCGCCGGGUGCCGCAGCAGCAGCAACAGCAGCAACAGCCCCACUCGCAGCAGCAGCACCAGCAGCAGCAGCAGCAGCAACAGUAG